CGAGUUUGUGUGGAAACUAGAGGGCUGUGCAAGAAGCGUUUAAAGAAUACGAACAAGUUGCAUCGGAGACAAUUGCUGGGUUGGUUUCUUUUGACCAGGUGCCUUUUGAGUUAAAGCUACUGGUAUCACAAAACCUGCUCUUCAUUCUUCUGUUAAUGUUUAUCAGAAGUCUCAUUUAUCUCACAAAUUGCACUGAAGGCUUCUGCUCAAUGGAUUCACUUUUGAUUUGAUGACUAUGUCCAACUUUAUGGGAAUGCAGAAAGUCAUAUGAAAAGUAACGACAGGUGUUCUGACAGCUCAUUACAUUUUGAUGUUCAUUUCUCAAUUCAAAUAUUUCUUCAGCUAAAUAUUUUUUUAAAGAAACCUAAAGGAGAAGCCAUGCAAUGAAGUCAGGACUGCAUUUUUCAAAAUCGCUUUCAAAUAAAUCUGUUAUUUCAAAUUGGAAAUAUUUCAGUAAAAACUGCCUUGUAUUUCAGAAAGAAUACAUCCAAUUACAGGAUCGCAAGUCAUAUUAAGAAAAAUGAUAAUAAUGUUUACCUCUUGCAGUUGAACAACUUUGGAAACAGCAAAUAGUUAACUAUAAAAUUACUGCAUCAGUGUAUAAGGGACAUUUAUUUACUUUUUUUAAUCUGGACCUUAAAAAGACUUUAUUUGACAGCUGGUCAUUUCAACUGAAGACGCAGUAAAUCCAAGAUGAAUGAAAUUCAAGAUUUAGCAUCUCCAUCUGCACCUAUUGGAGUUGUUCCCACAGCUUGUGUUUGCAAAGUGGAACUUAGGGUCUCAUGUAAAUCAUUAUUAGAUCGGGAUACCUUAAACAAAUCUGAUCCAAGUGUGGUUCUGCUGGUGCAAGCUCAGGGGCAGUGGACUGAGAUUGACAGGACUGAAGUCAUCAAAAGUAACCUGCACCCUGUGUUCUCCAAAGUCUUUACACUGGAUUAUUACUUUGAAGAAGUGCAAAAACUUCGCUUUGAGGUGUAUGACAUUCAUGGGCACUGCAGCAUUGGCACUCGUGACGAUGACUUCCUGGGAGGGAUGGAGUGCACCCUGGGCCAGAUUGUGGCCCAGAAGAAAAUGACAAAGCCGUUGUUCUUAAAAUAUGGAAAAUACGCAGGGAAAUCGACAAUAACAGUUAUCGCAGAAGAGAUUUCUGGGAACAAUGGCUAUGUUGAACUCUCAUUCUGUGCCAAAAAACUAGAUGAUAAGGAUCUCUUCAGCAAGUCUGACCCAUUCCUGGAGAUUUACAGGAUGAAUGAUGAUGACAGUGAGCAACUUGUCUAUCGGACAGAGGUUGUUAAGAACAACCUGAACCCUGUCUGGGAGUCGUUUAAAGUCUCCCUGAACUCCCUGUGCAGCUGUGAUGAAAAUCGGAAACUUAAGUGUUUGGUGUGGGAUUAUGAUUCACGAGGAAAACAUGACUUCAUUGGUGAGUUUUAUGCCACCUUUGGGGAGAUGCAAAAGGUCAUGAGUGGUAACAAGGUCAGCUGGGACUGUGUCAAUCCAAAAUAUAAACUGAAGAAGAGGAACUACAAAAACUCUGGAGUGGUUAUUCUAACUGACCUGAAGCUUCAUAGAGUAUACUCCUUUCUGGAUUACAUCAUGGGAGGAUGCCAGAUACAUUUUACGGUUGCCAUUGACUUCACAGCUUCUAAUGGAGAUCCUCGUAACAGUUGCUCUCUCCACUACAUCAAUCCCUACCAACCCAAUGAGUAUCUGAAAGCUUUGAUCGCAGUGGGGGAAAUCUGCCAGGACUAUGACAGCGAUAAAAGAUUCUCUGCUUUGGGAUUUGGUGCUAGAAUUCCUCCAAAUUAUGAGGUUUCCCAUGACUUUGCCAUCAAUUUCAACCCUGACGAUGAUGAAUGUGAAGGUAUCCAGGGGGUUGUGGAAUCGUACCAAAGCUGUCUGCCAAAAAUUCAGUUGUAUGGUCCAACAAACGUGGCGCCCAUUAUCAACAAGGUAGCCAGACUUGCAGCAGAAGAGGAAAAGACAAAGGAAGCCUCACAAUACUACAUCCUUCUCAUUUUAACAGACGGUGUGGUGACAGACAUGGCUGACACCCGUGAAGCCAUUGUGCGUGCAUCUUACCUGCCUAUGUCCAUCAUUAUUGUGGGUGUCGGCAAUGCAGACUUUACAGACAUGCAGAUUCUUGAUGGAGAUGAUGGAAUUCUGCGUUCACCAAAAGGAGAGCCGGUGCUCAGAGACAUUGUCCAAUUUGUUCCAUUUAGAGAAUUCAAAACAGCUUCCCCCGCUGCUCUGGCUAAAUGUGUCUUGGCCGAAGUUCCCAAGCAAGUGGUGGAGUACUACAGUUAUAAAGCCUUUCCACCUAAAUGUCCAAUAAUGGAUUCCCCUAUAUCAACGGCAAACACUCCAGAGUAAAAAUUUAUCAGAAGCUGAUGUGGAUUUCCAACACAUGAUUUGGGUGGAGAAAAAAAUUGUGUAGAGUGACUUGAAUGGUUUGGAGUCUGAUAAACUAUAUAUACUGUUUACAUUCUAGUAAAAGCAGGAUGAACACAAAUAGUUCAUUUUUUAGUUUCAUUCCAAUUUUCCACAAUUGUGCAUAACAGUACAAAUAAAGUAAAUGUCAAUAUGCACUACAGUUUUAUUGAUUAUCAUGGACUAAACAUUUGCCUACUGCAGUCUGGGUUCUCCUUUGUUCAAAACUGCCAUAGGAUGCAUGUUAAAAAAAGUGAGGCCCUGUGGACCUGGGUUUACUUGUGUUUUAUCUCCUACUGUUACUUUCAAUAGAAAGCACACAUGCUACAAGUUAACCAACUUUGUUACUUUCCCAGUGUUUUGAAUCCAAAAGAGGGAUUAGAAGUUCAUUUACAGGAGAAGCGCAAGUUUACAAAGAAACACACACACAGCCUAAAAUGCAAAGGGAUAAAGAAGUAGACUUGGAGUCUACAGUCUAGUUUUGCCUGCUUUCAUAUUUAAAUCAUCUACAUUUUAUUUUUAUUUAGCUAGGACCCUGACUGACUCUUUAAACAAGACACAGAGUAAAUUAUUUUAAAGCUCAUUUUUCAAGGCGUUAUUUGCUUGUCUUCCUGUAAUAUCAAGAAUUGUCCACCUUAAUUUUGCAUCCCCUCCCCUAACAAUGCUGCUAGAAAUUUUGUGAACUGCUAUUUUCCAAGUGAACUAACACAUUUACUGAAUUUUCCAUGAAGUGUUAAAUUUCAAAAAUUGGAAAACAUAUCAAGUUCAGUGCUGCAGUCCAUGGACCAGUGGUUCUCAGCCUGUGGGGCGGGCACUCCUAGGAGGGCAUAAAGUAACAAAAAGUGGGGCGCGACGAUGUGAAAAAAAGAAAACAAGAAUCAAAAAUAUGAAAAAACAUCUCUUGAAACCAAAACAAAUUAACUUAAACUA